AUGGAGUCACCCCAGUAUGACAUCUUCACUCUGGAGAGACCCAUAACAGAUACUACCAUCACUAAAUUCUCGACGCUCCGUUUGCUAGGGCUGAAAACAGAUCCAGCAGCCUUUGGAUCGACGUACGCACGAGAAAUAGCGUUCUCAAAGGAGGUAUGGAGAGAGCGCCUCGACUCACCUCAUCAAGCUACAUUUGUCGUCGCGGUUCGGGAGGGGCCAGACAACGAGGCUGAGUGGAUUGGGACGGUCACGGUGGUAGCACCUUCAGCCCUUCCUCCAGGUAGCUUGGAACCAUUUCAAGCAGCAGGCGUCGGAGCUAGCUGGGAUAUAUAUCCUUUCGUGGCUAUGUGGGUGCAUCCCAAACAUCGAGGAAAUGGGUUGGGGAGGAAGUUGGUGGCAUUGCUGUUGGAGUGGGUGCGGAAUCAUGAUGACCCUAAGAACGAGAACAAGGAACGGUUGGAUAAAGUCGUUACUUUAAUGGUGGCAGAGUUUAACGAGAGCGCACGAGCGUUAUAUGAUAAGAUGGGAUUUCAGGAAAUACAGAGCAUGAAGCAAGAUGAAGGGUUUGUCUGGAUGAUGAGCCGAGCGUAA